AUAUCUCAAAAUACACAUCUCUAGAAAUGUGCACAUGUGCACAGAAAUAUCUCAAAAUAAAGUAGUUUAGUUUUUUUUGUCGUAGGCUGUGAAAUGUUUUAGUGAAAGAAUUUCAGUAAAAAAUUUCAACUGGAAGAUACCAUAUAAGCAAAACAAUAAUAUACGAACCCGUGCAUUUGCUAUAGUUUAUUUUAUAGUUUGCCUCCUUUUAACUUGGCGCAAUUUUUGGAGCUGGAAAUGUAUUCACAUCCUGCUGGCUCUCAAGUGCUAGUGACCUAGAUUACAGGAGACACUAAACCGAAACCACCAAUUCGAGCCUGUCCUGUGACCGAGUGUCAUCGAGUCCUCGUCGUCGUCCUUAAAUCCCUUCCAGAGCGGCGAACAACAACAACAAAGUAAAGGUCACACGAGUCGCGAAGCAAAUAUGUUAAAUCUCCAUCAGUAAUAAUAACCGCCAAUUAAAAAUCAUUCACAGUCUAGGCUAAUUUUAAGAGUUUUGUGUGUGUUUUGGAAAAAGAAGGCAACGAUCUGCAGGAUCUGCGAACGAGAACGAGCUUAUUAAACAAUUCCCAACCAAGUAUUAUAGCACCUGACAUGCGUAACAACAGUGGCUACAACCUAGCCAGCAGUAAUGUGAACAACAACAACAACCAUAACCACAAUUAUAACAACAGCAGCAGCAACACCGCCGCCAAAAAUAGUGCCCGCUACUGCAAUGUGGACAAUACGUUUUAUUAUUAUAAUUAUAAUGAUUAUGACUGCAACUUGCCAGGCAUCCCAUCCACGUGGAGUCGCCAAAAUCAAAAUCAGAAUUUAAAUCACAACCAGAAUCAAAAUCUCAGCCAUCCGUCGAAGCGAAUACCCACCAAGUCAGCGGCAAGAUUGCAAUAUCAGCAGCCAGUAGCAGCUAAUUCGGCACCGGACUCCUCACUUUUUGCGGAUGCAUUUGGCCAGCCGUGUUUGGGGAAUCAGCGUAUAGCUGGGAACAAGAGCUGCGAGUAUGUCUAUCAGCCGGUGCGUCAUAUCGAGGAUCAAUAUCCCAGUAAUCCCUCCAAGAGAGAGUUAAAAUAUCGGCAGCAGCAGCAACAGCAGCAGCAGCAGUACCAACAACAGCAGCAGCAUCCGUCUCAUCAACAAAUGCUACUACAGCCAUCACUCGUUUAUCUCGAUACGGAUGUAAAAAAGCGAAAACCUUUGAGGGCCGGCCGCGUCACCGAAUAUUUGGACAAUGGUCCGGAUCGGUAUCGUGGCCGUAAUUCUCCCACACCGGAGCAGACAUGGGAUGCUAUACUCUCGGAGCGGGCAGUCCAGUAUCCCACAACCAAUCAGCACUAUCAGCAUUAUUUUUCGUAUUUUUACAAUCGUGGCGCUGAGAAGUUGCCGAAGCCGUCGUUCGCCGUUGUCAACAGCCGCAAACUGCCAAUGAGUAAAAUUCAAAAGUCGGAUGCCAGUCGACGGGAUUCGAGGGACUUUGGUGACACCAUCACCAUCUUUGGCCGAUCGGAAGCUGCGGACGAUCGCAACUGGCAGAAGUCGGAGAAGAAUGUGCUGAAGGAGAAGCUGCCGAGCAAUGAUCUGAAACAGGGCUAUAUCGACAAUGGAUGGGGCGAGUCGGUUGUCGGUAAUGGCAACUCGAUGCGGCUGAAGGCUGGAGAGGAUUUAAGGGAUAUUAACGAUGCCUACGAUGUCCCUGAUCUAGUUGAUAACCAAUUCGAGCAAGUCCAUCGUCGGUAUUGCAAACUUUCCGAGAAUGCCGCCCUCGACGCGGGCGACACCAUCGUCAACAACAACAAUAAUGAAUUGAAACUUGUCCGGAAAACGGUUGAGCAGCCAAUGCCCCGCCUGCCUAUGACACCGAAACGGGUCAAAGGUGGCACUGUAUCCGCCAAGAAGCCACAGCCCACGGUGCACAGGGUACUACUCUACAGCACCCAAAGUCCCAGGAUGGGGCGGAAGCAGCAGAACCAACGGAGUCUUAGCCAGAAAUCGAGGUCAAUGGGCGGCGGCGGCGGCGGAGACGAGGGCCAGACGGUGAUUCUGCUGGAACCGGAAGCCAAGCCCGAGGACCGUCGCACUCCUAUCGACUUUGACAACAACGAAGACUAUGACGAUGACGACGACCUCGACAAUCUUUCGAAUUUCGAUGAAAGCGAUACGGCAAGUAUCUUGUCGGACACCGAAGACGGCUACCGUGCCUAUGCCUACAAGCUAACCCACUCCGUGGAUCGCUUUGCUUCGUCCCAAAGCACUCCGAGCUUCCUGUCUUCCCAGACCUCUGAUGAAGAUCUCAAGAACCCAGACUCCCUGCUGGUGCCCAGCCUGUUUCCCUACGUUCCCCCGUAUCUCUCAUUCUCGUCGAACACCAAAAAGGGCCCCAAGGUACCGCCAGAACUGCAUCGAGUGCUCAAGUGGCGUGUCACGAACAUAAUGCCAAAGGUGGUUCGUCUUAUUUUGGCGAACAGCGGGAUGCGGAUGUUAAAGAAAACCAACGACUGGAUGGGUGUGUGGGGCAAGCAUUUAAAGUCGCCGUGCUUCAAGACCAUUCGGUCGUAUCAGAAAAUCAAUCACUUGCCGGGCUCCUUUCGCAUCGGCCGCAAGGACUCGUGUUGGAAGAACCUCCAAAGGCAGAUGAUCAAGCACAGCAACAAGGAGUUUGGAUUUAUGCCACGCACUUACAUUAUUCCCAAUGAUUUGGCGGCGUUGCGUCGUCACUGGCCGCGCUAUGCCCAGCGGAAUACGAAAUGGAUUAUUAAGCCGCCGGCUAGUGCUCGAGGGGCUGGAAUUAGGGUAAUAAAUCGAUGGGGACAGAUACCCAAGCGCAGGCCACUUAUUGUCCAAAAGUACAUUGAACGUCCUCUUCUGAUAAAUGGUAGUAAGUUCGACUUGCGCCUUUAUGUGCUGGUAACAUCCGUGAAUCCACUUCGAGUGUUUAUGUACCAUAACGGACUGGCAAGAUUUGCUUCAGUUAAGUAUAGUGCCAAGUCGGACACCCUGAACGAUCGCUGCAUGCAUUUAACCAACUACAGCAUCAACAAAUUCUCUUCCAACUACUCGAAGAACGAGGAUGUGAAUGCUUGCCACGGUCACAAGUGGACCAUCAAGUCGCUGUGGACUUAUUUGGCCAAUCGAGGAGUACGCACCGACUGCCUUUGGGAAGCCCUACGUGCUCUAGUCCUCCGAACGAUCCUUUCCGGCGAGAAUGGAAUUAAUAGCAUGAUCAGAGCUAACGUUGAGUCCAAAUACAGUUGCUUCGAGCUUUUUGGCUUCGAUGUUAUUCUGGAUUCUGAUUUAGUUCCUUGGCUAUUGGAAGUGAACAUAUCCCCGAGCUUGCACUCUGAACUGCCAUUAGAUGCUCAUGUGAAGGCGCCUUUGGUGCAGGGUGUUCUAAACACGGCAUUGUAUAAUGUUCCUCCCAAGCUGUCGAUGGAUAAGCAAAGGGAACUGGCUGCCGAAUUUUCGUUUCCCCCUGGAACUCAAAUGUGUUAUGACAAACGGCUGUACAUAAAUUAUCUAUCCCGCGAGGAGAAAGUGAAGCACAACACCUUCACAAGGAAGACCAUGGAAGAUCGGAAUGAGUAUGUCGAUGCCAUCUUGUCGAAUCUGACUCCUGAUGAUGUUCGCUGUCUCAUUAUCGCCGAGGAUGAGCUGGCGCGUUGUGCUCCCCUGGAACGCAUUUUCCCAACCGAUCAAACGUACAAGUACCUUAAAUAUAACGAUAGUCCGCGGUAUUAUAACCGUCUGUUGGAUGCAUGGGAGUCCCGGUAUGCCAACAAUCGUACGGAGGGCAUUGCGCUGCUGCGAGACCUCUGCCAAAAUAAAUAUCAUCUUCAGGUGCCGUCACCGCCGGCCAAAAAGGUGAGAUCUCUAUUCAUCAAUGGUGCAAACGCUUUUCACAAGACUCAUUUGAAUUAAUCGUGAAUACAAUACUUGCCAAGGGGUAUACUAUUCAUUAAGCAGAUAUUGAUUUUGUUUUUAAGCUUAUUGUUUUGCCAAAAUUAAAAAAUAUAUUUACUUAAGUUCUUAUAAUUAUUCUCAAACCCGUGUGCACUCUAGCACUCGGUUCGUGUUAUUUUCCUAAUAGAUUUAAUAUUUCUCUUAUCAACAACAAUUAUUUUUAUACACCAAACAAAUUAUAUGAAUAUGAAUAUGAAUAUGAAAAGAAAAAGAAAAUCAGUUUAAUAUAAAACAUACAUUCUCGACUUUUGUUAAAUUUUGAGGGCUGUUGGAGAUUGAUACAAUCGUUCUUUUGGCGCUGCCGUGCUUUUUGCCAUCGUAAGUUUUAUCUGAUUGACCAUUCAGGGUCAACAGCCUCAAAUCCAAAUCCAAAUCUAAAUCCAAAUCCAAUUAAAACUCCAAUAUUAGUAGAUAGUGAGAAAACCAGUAAGCUUGUGUUAUAAUAUCGUAUUGUCUUUAUUUAUGAAUUUGUAUCCAGGACAACAGAGUGUAUUUGUCAUCUCAACCGGUUAACUAUAAACUAACGUAAAAGUCUUUUGUUUUCUUUAACCAGUAAUGCAUAGGUAAAUAACGAAGCUUAAAUAAACUUCAAUUGUAGAGGGAUGGUCGAAUAGUGUUGUUCUCUUUUGGUACUUUGGUGAUAAUACUUAGUACUUAUUCCAAAACUGUAAUCAAAACUGUUUCUCAUAGAAUUUUGAAUUAAAAAAUUAAAAUUAAAUUUAUCACCGAAUCCAUAAUACACAUGUACUGCAUAGCAAUUAAAAUCUUAUGUUUUUCGGUUCGUUUAUGACGUUACCCCAUCACUAUAAUUUCUUUUUAUGUCUCUACGUACAUGUAUUUGAAGUAUAUUGAAGGUGAUCACACUGCAUACUCUUUACACAUGAGCCCCGAACAAGAAUUCCUUUCGACGCCAGGAUUACUUCAUCAAGUUUAUGAGAUGGAUAUUAAAGUGACAGUCGCUGCCAUCGUAUUAUUGGUAGUCAUUAUUGUUAUUGUUAGUGCAAUUACCUUAGUCAUAAUAAAAUAUGUAUAUAUUUGAUAUUUAUUAUUAAUAUUAAUAAAUUCAAAAAUAUUUGUAAAUAGGUUAUUGAAAUAUAUAAGAAUAUAUAAAGGAUGUACUGUUUUGGGACAUUCGCCCAAUUGCGUAAUUCGUAACUAAAUUGUGAUUCCCGUUUUUGUAAUAGAUUGGACUAGUAUUAUUUCUAUAAAUGAAUUUACUAUUAAAUUCUUAGAUAUUACUAAAUUAA